AAAAUAAGAGGGAAGAAGAAUGUGGGAGAGAGAAAGAGGAAUUACCUCAUUACUCAUUGAAACCGAAUGUACGUCGUUCGCAAUACCGUUCACUAUUUGAUGGCAGAAUCACGAAUCGAAGUAAUUUAUUAAUUGUUGUGAUGUUUUGUGAAGAAUGCCGAUUCAGGCACCUCAGUGGACUGAAUUUCUCUCUUGUCCAAUUUGUUGUCACGACUUUGAUGUCACAGUACGUGGGCCGAUAUCCCUAGGAUGUGGUCACACAAUAUGUUGCACUUGCUUGGCAAAUUUGCACCGAAAACAAUGCCCAUUCGACCAGAGUGCAAUUAAUACUGAAAUUGAGCGGCUUCCAUUGAACGAAGCUCUGCUGCAACUGGUUGGUCAUACGGUGUCAAAAAAUGUUGGAAAUUAUCAGAAACUCUUGCCCAGCGAGGAUCAAGCAGAUUAUUUGGCGGCUAAGCAUUGCAUUGAAGAACUUGCCCUGUAUCUUAAGCCAUGUCAGGCAGCUCCCACCAAUGGCACAGGAUUGAGUUUGGUGUCACGACCGAUGCAACGAAAGUUAGUCACUUUGAUAGGAUGUCAACUGGUUGAAACCGAAGGUCGUGCUCGUGCUGUACGAGCAGCUCGAAGUUUGGGCGAACGUUCAGUUACCGAAUUGAUACUUCAGCAUCAAAAUCCUCAACAACUGAGUGCUAAUUUGUGGGCUGCUGUUCGUGCACGAGGCUGUCAAUUCCUCGGACCAGCAAUGCAAGAGGAAGUUCUGAGACUCGUCUUACUAGCGUUGGAAGACGGUUCGGCGUUGUCGAGGAAAGUGCUUGUAAUGUUCGUUGUGCAACGUUUGGAGCCUCACUUUACCCAGGCCUCGAAAACGAGCAUCGGUCACGUUGUUCAAUUGUUGUAUAGAGCGAGCUGUUUCAAAGUUUCGAAACGUGAGGGGGAUUCAUCGUUGAUGCAAUUGAAAGAAGAAUUUCGAACGUACGAAGCGUUAAGACGAGAGCAUGAUGCUCAAAUCGUUCAAAUUGCAACUGAAGCUGGUCUACGAAUCGCUCCUGAUCAAUGGUCCGCUCUUUUGUACGGUGAUACUGGCCACAAGUCGCACAUGCAAAGCAUCAUUGAUAAACUUCAAACACCCCAGUCUUUCGCUCAAAGCGUUCAGGAACUCGUCAUCGCUCUGCAACGUACACCCGACCCUGGGCAACUAAGCAGCUUAAGACCGCAACUUGAAUUACUCGCCGCUAUUGAUCCCAGUCCAGAAACGGAGCCACCGUCCUGGCAAGAUUGUCGAAUCGCAUUAGAGGCUGUGAAAACAGUCGUAACUGCACUUGUGGAGUACAUUCAACAGCAUGGAAACAGGAAAUGCCAGGAAGGCGUUCAUGCCGCGGGACCGGGUCAACCGAAAUACAAAGUUAGCAUGUGUCGUGACUUGGCGCUACGAGGCUCGUGUCCGAGAGCGACCAAUUGCACCUUCGCCCACAGCGACCUCGAACUUGAUAAAUACAGAUCGAAAAGUAGGAAAUUGAACUUGAGACCCCCUCAGUUUCCCAUGCCUUUGAAUCCUGAAACAAAAAAUGAAAAAUCGAUCGUUGUUGUUCCUCCGAGCUCCAAGGGAUUCAAACACUGCGAAGACAUCAACUAUUCGAGUGGAAAGAGACACGACAAUAAUCAACGCGAAAUUUUUAUUCCAACUGGAAAGAUCGAGCAAUCACAACAUCCAAACGUGAACAACGAGAAUUUAGUCGAAUCGAUGACGAAUUACGCACUACCAUCGUCACAAACGCUCGGGCAUGGAAUACCGCCGAAGAACGUGGAUCUCCAAUGCUCCCAUUAUAUUAUGCAUGGCGGGGGACCGUUGGAUUUUGCCAAUCCAAAUCUCCAUGUAUGGGACCCCUCUCAAAUCCCUCCCGUCGCCAAAAAUGGAUUGCCAAAUAAUGGCAAAAAGCAGAGAACAGUUGCAAAAACUCUCGCGUUGUUGCUUCAGAGGAGAAUGGAAAUAAUAGCUCAGCUGGAGAACAUUGUAGGAAAACCUUCGCCUCAGCAGAUGAAAAUGAAUUACGAUAUUCAAAGCAAUCAAAAUCCAAACUAUUCAAUUUGGACCAACAAUCCACAAAUGGCGCAAGGAAGUCACAUAAAUUAUGGAACGAAUUAUCGUCGUUCGGACGCAAUGCUCUUUGACGACGAAUUUGUUCCUUUCGAAGCCCCACCGGCCAGUAAAUAUGGACCUAUAUCCAGAGUGUCCAAAACGUUAAUGAGGCCAAAUAACGGAAUUCAAGGAUCAGCAAUUUAUGGCGACGCAAUGGCUCCGUCGCUUCAAACGUUGAGACCAAUUCCGACAUCAAGUCCUAUCGCUCCAUGGUACUACGGACACCAACCAUUUGCAACUAUAAAUGCCAAUGGCGAAGUUCAAACUGUCCCGAACCAUGGAAUUGGAGACGCUUAUAUAGCACUGGGCCAUUGCAAUAUCUCAGAAACGUCCCCGCAUGUUCAACUUGCUCGACAAGAAUGCAUGUCCAAGGACUUGAUCCUCGAGUCGCAAAAAGUCAAGCAACAGCUUAAACAUUUGGAGAAAAAAAUCAACGAUCUUAAGCUGGCAACUCAAGGUGCAGCAUUGACCGAGGGCGAGAGAUUAGCUCAAGAAUUACAAAUGAUUGAGUCGGGCAUUAGAGAAAAAGAAAAGGACGUUCGUAAUUGGAGUCCUUACGGCGGAGUAUCCUGGAUUCAACAAACCCCUAAUAAUUUAAUGUCUAGCAGCAUGAACAAAGACUACAAAAGCGAAGAAGAAGACACUUAUGAAGCUGGCAUAGCGAACGACAUGCGAGAAUUGGAGCUUCGUUGGGACUUCGAGCUACAGGAGCAAGAAAAGCGUUGGUCGAAUGAGGAAGAUACCACGAAGAAAUGAUAGUCUCCGGAUCAAUGAACGGUAAAACUUGCGCGUCUCGAUUCACCGCAGUCGAGAUAUGGGUUUGCUUUAAAACGUCAAAAUUUGGACUCCUGAAUUCACGACGAGAACGAUAAAUGCAACUUUUUCACAAACCGUUGCAAAAAAUAUAAAAUUCUCGGGUGUCCGGAGACCAGGAAAAAAGAGGAAAGGGGAACUGUUUUCGCGGACCGCGUUGCUUCUUCAACCCCAGAUUUAAUAGUACUUAGACGUUAGAGGCCAUUUUUAUGCGAAAUUUCCUCUCACGGUUACGAACACAAUGUGAUAUGUAAACUACUAUUUUUAUCUACUCCAUUCUUCGCCCAAUACUGUUGUCGGUGCAAUGUCCAGUUUUUCCCUUUAAACUAAAAUUCGCGAUUUUUUCAAUUCGAGGAGGAGAUAUUUUGUUUUUAUGAUUAAUCGAAAUUCUUCGAAUCGUCGAAUUUGUUGUAACUUUAUUAUAUAAAGGUUGUUGAUCUUCGCGCUAAUAGCUCAAAUUCACUUCCUGACGAUUCUCGCGAUCGACAGCCAAUCUUCUUUCUUCUUCAGUUUUAUUUAAAUUAACAUUUUUCAUUGCUUAUCUUUGUUUUAUCAAUUUUUUCUGUUUUUCACUGAAAAAAAAAAUCCGCGAACAAAAAGAAAAAUACCGAUCGAACAGGAAGAAGCAGAAAUGUUGAUGCAAAUUUGUUAAAAUUUAACAGAGAAUCGAUGGUCAGUGUUUUAUAAACAUGACGAGCGUAGAUGAUAUUUAUUUGUAUAUUUGCACAUCGAGGGGAAAGGAAAGUCCGAGGCAAAUCGUAAAUUCGCAUAUCCUUGCAUUCAGAAUUUGGGACUAAUGCGUUACUUAAAUCCCAAAAAUUUAGCUUAGCGGGUAAUCAAUAAGUUCCAUCAAACUUUACGAUAAAUUGGUUUAUAUUGAAUUAUUUCUCCUCAAAAAGAACAAAAAAAAACCACAUCCGACAGAGCAUGCAUCUCUCCUGAAUUUUAUUCAAACCGCAGAAUAUAUAAUUCUAAAUAUUCAAGACUGCUAACUAUCAUGAAUGUGAAAGUCUUAGAUGAAACCAAAAAACACGAAUUUUCAUGGGAAUUUUCAAUUCUAUCACACUUAUUCAUUGAAAAUUGUCGUACAUUGAAUAAUUCUUCAUCUCGAGAAUAAAAACAAAAUAGUGGAUACCCAUAAAAUAACCCACUAAAAAUAGAAAAAAAAAUUAAUGGAAAAAUUGUGAAAAAAUUUGGUUUGGUUUUGGUACUUUGCUGUCGUUUAGUGGUACAAUGCAAAAAAAAUAUUGAUAAUAAAUGUAUUGCAGUUGCCUCUGGGUUUUGCUUCUCUAUUUUUAUGAAAAUAAUAUAUAUGUACACACACACGCGCGCGCGCGCGCGCAAACACACACACACACACACACACAUGAUUAUAUAUGAAAUCAGAAAAUAACUGAAUUCCAGUUUUAUUGGAAUUGACGAUGUGUAGACUUUUACAAGGAGGCAAAAAAGAACAAAACAAAAAUGAACGAUUUUUCGACACGGAGUAUGAAAUUUCUUCAGGGUAUGAAAUAUUAUUUUUUGAUAACUCUGAGAAUGGAUCUUGUUUUCGUGCAUAAAAAUUUCAAAACGAAUCAACAACUAUAAUGCAUAUAUAUCUAUUUAUAGAUAAUUGUAAUACUAAUGUAAUUGAUGUAUAAAAAUGGUCCAUGUUAAUUGCGUAAUCUUUACUCUUGAAUGUUAAAACUGGAUUAUCUUACAUUCACGACUUACCUAAUUGGAUAUAAAUAAAUACAUAUGCAGUUAUAGAUGAGUCGAGAUUAAAAAAAAACGGUUUUACUAAUGCCGAAUUCAGUGAAUUCAUCGUAAAUACCGAAGUAGUAAUGAAAUAAUAAUAAUUGUAAAAAAAUAAGGAAAGUGGAAACCUGAAAAGAGUGACGAAAAUACUAAUUUGCAUUCAGCUUUUAAAAGUUCAAUUUUAAUUUUCUCGAACGUAUUUCGCGUCCCGAGGCGGAAUAAGUUUCUGGAGAAAAAAUUAUUUUUGUAAAUUUUAAAGCUACUGUAAGACAGAACCCAAUUGGAAGAAAUUUGUAAAAGUCAUUGGGAAAAAUUGAUUAUUUUUUCGUCUCGAUUGGCUCGUCAUGCUCAAUCUCAAAACGGUGCAAUUUAAAUUAUUCGUUACGUUAUUUUCAAUGUGGUGUAAACUCUCUUUCUCUUUCUCUCAAAAAUAUAAAUAAAUAAAUAAAAAACAAAAUGAAUUUGAACCUCAUCAAAUUUGCUGUUAGAUAAAAAAUAUAUAUUCGCAAAAUUCGUUAUCUGUCUCUCUCCCUUUUUCAAUUUCAACGAAUUUUUUUCAAUGCAGAGGAAUCACGUACGAGUAAUAAUUAUUAUUCUUAUUGUGUUUUAAAUAUUAUUAAUUGCGUUAUGGAUAUUGAUUGGUCGAGUUAUUUAUUUAUAUCGUGUCCCUCGCGCUGGAGUCUCUAUUGGAGUGUGGACUCGCAUUAUUGUCGCUGAGGCCAUGUAAAAAAGAAAAAGAAAAAGGUUCUUCGGCCUAUACACGAGGGAGAGGGUACGGUUUGUUAGAAAAUAAAUACAUGAAAAGAAAAAUCUAAAAUAAAAUUUCAGGCGAAAACGCAUGAAAGAGGAUGAUAAUAGAAACGAACUUGCGAAAGAGGGACGAAGGGCUGUGUAAGUGAGUAAGUAAGGGGGAAACAAACAAGCGCAACAAAACUCUGUUCGUAGCUUCAGAUUAAUUGCAUGUUAAACAUGUCGUUAUGGAAAUACACAUACAAUCUCAAUGAUUGAAGUUCUUUGUUUGAACAUAUUUACCAUGAAAGAUAAAGAUAAAUGAGAAUUAAAAAUAACUAUGAAAACCAAAAUAUAUGAAAAAUUGUAAUUAUAUACAUAUCCGUAUAUAAUGAAUAAAUAGCCAGUACACUUGGACUUUCAAUAGCUCACAAAUCUGUUGACAAACAUAUAUUCCGUGAGAUAAAAAAAUAAUGAAAAAUAUAUGGAAGGUCGAUAUUUGAGAAUGCGAACGAAAAAAUAAAAUCAUCGUAAUCGCUCCUAUUCUCGAGUCAUCUUUAAUGUAUGUAAAUAUAGCUUUUUGUAUAACUGUUUCUAUCGAUGUGCCUACUUCGCAAAAUCACUAAAGCCUCGAGAGAAAAAAAAAGAGAAAAUUCGUGAAUUAAUGAAAAAUUUCAUUCGAUACUGCGUUGACAUUUAAAUACAAAGAUUCAAAUAAGUUUUCUGGUUACCCCUCUGACAUGGACGAUCCUUAAAUCGGAAUUAUUCAAUGAAAUUACUCGUUUAGUUGAACGCAAUUCAUAAGAUGCGCACAAAAAUUCAUGCCUAAAAUUGUAAACGAUAUUAAGCAUCGCAAACAUACACAUUCGUUCUACAUACAAAACAUUGCGAAGGUGGAGAUCUCGUGCUUCAAGUUUUGACGAUAUUAUAUAUAUGUAUAUGUGCGUAUAUAUAUAUAUAUAUAUAUACAUAAUGUUUUUUUCUCGAAAUGAAAUUCUAUGUAUUUUGCAACAAGUGUACUGUGAAACAAGGUGUAAUAUAUUUAUAUACUCAAUAUAACAAUUCUACACAA